CACCUUCCUACGAUUUUCAGAGAAACAGAGAUCCUUUCACCUCCCUACGAUUUUCAAAGAGAGAGAGAGAGAUCGUCUAUAUCACCUUCUAAGGGCUUACAGAGGGAUUUCAUCUAUAUCACCUUCUUAGGGCUUAGAAAGGGAUUUCGUCUAUAUUAGGGUUUUGAGAGAGAGUGCAAUCUCCAUUUUAGUGUAUAGAGAGAGAGAGAGAGAGAGAGAGAGAGAGAGAGAGAGAGAGAGAGAGAGAGAGAGAGAGAGAGAUUUUGUAUUCAGUCUCCAUUUUAGGGUUAGUCCGAUCCAUUACUGUGAGGAAUAUAGUAAUGGGGAAGAACGAGAAAUCGGGAGGGGGCCUAGGUAGAGCCCUGGUGAAGCACCACAACCAGAUGGUCCAGCAAUCGAAAGAGAAGGGCCGUUUCUACAACAAGCAGCAUAAGCGGAUCCUUGAGUCCGUCACGGAGGUCGGUGACAUUGAGGCCGUGGUUGAGCAGUCCGAGGAGGCUGACCUCAUCUACUCCUCCGAAAAUCCCCUGCCCAAUCUCCUCCGUAUCAACCUUGACACAAGCUCUGCUACAAGUGACCUGUCACCUGAGGAAACGAGAGAUCAACAGAAAAGGGAGGAGGCCUUGCAUGCAGGCAGCCUUCAAGUUCCUCGCAGACCACCUUGGAAUGCCAAGAUGACUGUGGAAGAGCUUGAUGCCAAUGAAAGACAGGCUUUCUUAUUCUGGCGUAGAAGUCUUGCAAGACUUGAGGAGAAUGAGAAGCUUGUCCUAACUCCUUUUGAAAAGAAUCUGGAUAUCUGGAGGCAGCUUUGGCGGGUGCUUGAACGAAGUGACCUGCUGGUAAUGGUUGUUGAUGGCCGAGAUCCAUUGUUUUACCGGUGCCCUGAUCUUGAGGCAUAUGCAUGCGAAAUCAAUGAGCACAAAAGAACGUUGCUGCUCCUUAACAAGGCCGAUCUUUUACCAUUUGAAGUCAGGCAGAGGUGGGCAAACUACUUUCGCCUCCAUGGCAUUCUCUUCCUAUUUUGGUCUGCGAAAGCUGCUGCUGCUGCUCUGGAAGGCAAGAAGUUGAGCAGUCCCUGGGCACAAGAUUCUUCUGUCACCAAUGCAGAUACGAAAAUCUAUGGCAGGGAUGAACUCUUGGCUCGGUUGCAGACUGAAGCAGAGGCUAUAGUGGCAAGUAGGGCUCUGGUCCACAAAAGUAAGGGCCCUGCUCAUUCUCCAAACCAUGGUACAGGGAGUCCAUCAUCUAAGCAUGUCGUUGUGGGAUUUGUCGGUUACCCCAAUGUCGGAAAGAGUUCAACCAUCAAUGCGUUAGUGGGGGAGAAGCGAACCGGUGUUACCUCGACCCCAGGGAAGACGAAGCAUUUCCAGACGCUGAUAGUUUCUGAUGAGCUUGUCCUUUGUGACUGCCCUGGUUUAGUGUUCCCAUCCUUUUCCAGCUCCAGGUAUGAAAUGAUUGCAUCAGGGGUGUUGCCCAUUGACAGGAUGACUGAACACAGGGAGGCAGUGCAGGUUGUCGCCAAUCGGGUCACAAGGCAUGUACUCGAAGCUGUCUAUAACAUAAGAUUGCCCAAACCCAAGCCCUAUGAAUCACAAUCUAGACCCCCUCUGGCUGCAGAACUGUUGAGAGCAUACUGCUUAUCUCGUGGGCACGUUGGUUCCAGUGGGCUGCCGGAUGAAACCAGGGCGGCCCGCCAGAUUUUGAAGGACUACAUCGAUGGGAAGCUGCCUCACUUUGAGAUGCCCCCAGGAAUGUCUGAGGAUGGAGAUGGGGAGGUUGAUGGGCAAGAUGUGCAUGAUAGUUUGGAAAAUACUGGUGAAUCGGACUCUGAUGUUGAGGAUCUGUCAUCAUCAGGUGGUGCAGUUUCUGGCAUCGCCAGCGGGCCUGACCUCAGUCAUGUGAUGAAUGACCUAGAUUCAUUCGAUACUGCCAAUGGGUUGCCCUCAACUGCUUCUGGAGUUGGUGCUAAGAAGAUGAAGCCGGCUGCUGCAUCCCAUAAGCAUCACAGGAAACCCCAAAGGAAGAAAGACCGUUCCUGGAGAGUUAGCAACGAUGGGGGUGAUGGCAUGCCUGUGGCGAGAGUGUUUCAGAAAGAGGUAACUGCCGGACCCAUAAAGGCUAGCUGACGGCCUCUAAAUGCAGUGGGGGUGAAGUCUAAUGGUUGCUUGACUGACUUAGAUGCCUGCCUAAUGAUAUGGAAAAAAGAGGAGGAAAUCUAAUGGUUUUUAUUCAUAUUCCUACCUUGUCGAAAGCCUCUCUCUGUAUCUACAUGUAGUGCCAGCGUGGCUGACAGGUGCAAAUAUUAGAUGUUGCAUCCCAAAAAAAAAAAAUGAAUCUGGUCCAUUCACAGGGUGGGCUACAAUGUCAGAAAGAUGUUAAAAAAAAAAAAAAAAACCUUUGGCAAAGUACCUAUUGAUCCGUAAAUUUGUUUUGUAAAAUGUGGCCCACCUGAUGGUUGGACUGACCUGAUUCAUGGGGAAAUUGCAUGUAUAAUGAGCAGCUUUGUACUGGCUGUGUGGGCUAAUUAAAGCUCUAUAGUGGUUACUUUAUUUUAUUUUUGAAAGGCUUUGAUGCUGUACUCCUGAGGAUUGAUUAAUGAGAGGACAAUCUACUAAUACUCCUGA